AACGGGCUAUUGGCAGGGUUGAAAGUUUGACUCCGUGGCCGUUCCACCAAUCACAGCGCCGGCAUAUUCGCGAGACAAACCAAGUGAUUGACAAGCUAAAAAUCCAAUCUGCGACCUCAGCAAUUGUGCAGUCGGGCGGGAACUACCGAAAGACACCUCUCUCGGCCAUUCCCUGUAGCGCUCGAUAAGUCUUGGGCGGGACAUUGAAAAUGAUUGGCUGCGUGCUUCUCCUGAAGGAGAAGGGGAGUGUUUGGAAGAGUUGAUAUGUCCACCAUCUUGAAAACUCGCCUAUAGUGCUGAGCAAUUUUCCCGCCUGACUGGAUUAGGUUGUUUAUUCACUUCAGGAGGGAAUCUGGCUAUCCUGCUGUACCUGUGAAAGCUUUUUAAACAUUUGAUGUAGAUCAGGAUACCCUGUAAUGGGCCAGAAGUUGCACAAGCUAAGAUUUGUUUUAUUUUCUUAACGUUUUAAUCUCAUUUUAAAGGGUCCCUGCUUUCUGUUGGAUUUUGAUGGACUAAUCUAGUGCCUUCACCUGCCCCGUUGAAUGAGAACCCCUUAAUGUCAUCUUGCCUCGGAGAAAAGCUCUGACAUUUCACAGUAACAUGUUUGCAGUACCAAGUAUGUUUUGGAAGUUCGACCUGCAUUCUUCAUCUCACAUAGACACCCUCCUGGAAAGAGAUGAGGUAACCUUAAAGGAGCUGAUGGAUGAGGAGGAUAUUCUGCAGGAGUGCAAGGCUCAGAAUCGUAAGCUAGUGGAAUUUUUAUUAAAAGCUGAAUGUUUGGAAGACCUAGUGACUUUCAUCACUGAGGAGCCACCGGAAGAUAUGGAUGAGAAAAUGCGUUACAAGUAUCCCAACUUGUCUUGUGAGUUGCUAACAUCUGAUGUGUCACAGAUAAAUGAUAGACUUGGCGAAGAUGAGUCUUUACUCAAACGAUUGUAUGGAUUCCUUUUAAAUGAUUCCCCGUUAAACCCUUUACUUGCAAGUUUCUUCAGCAAAGUGUUAAGUAUUUUAAUAAGCCGGAAACCAGAACAGAUUGUCACAUUUUUAAAGAAAAAAGAUGAUUUUGUCAAUCUUAUAGUUAAACACAUAGGAACUUCUGCAAUUAUGGAUUUGCUGCUACGACUUCUCACAUGUAUUGAGCCACCUCAACUCAGGCAAGAUGUCCUUAAUUGGUUAAAUGAAGAGAAGAUAAUUCAGAGACUUGUAGAAAUUGUUCACCCCUCUCAGGAUGAAGAUAGGCAUUCAAAUGCAUCACAGUCCCUCUGUGAGAUAAUACGUCUGAGCAGAGAUCAGAUGCUACAGGUUCAGAACGGCUCUGAACCAGACCCACUUCUUGCCACUUUAGAAAAACAAGAAAUCUUGGAGCAACUAUUAUCAAACAUAUUUUUGAAAGAGAAGAAUGAAUCUGCAAUUGUCAGUGCAAUCCAAAUACUGCUUACUUUACUAGAAACAAGAAGACCGGCGUUUGAAGGACACAUAGAUCUUUGCCCGCCUGGCAUGGGCCAUUCUGCAUUUUCCGUCAACAAAACUGUAUUGACGGCCAUCCAAGAAAAGCUUUCUAAUUUCCACCAGCUUCUUUUGGAUCAUCCAAAGGCUGAUGUUAUGAAGACGACUUGGGGAGUACUAGACCCCCCUGUAGGAAAUACACGACUAAAUGUCAUAAAGCUCAUAGCAAGUCUGCUGCAGACAAACACACACAGCAUUAACUUGGAGCUCAUUGAAUUGAACACUAUAGGAGUUAUUCUGGAUAUGUUUUUCAAAUAUACAUGGAAUAAUUUUCUACACACACAAGUGGAGAUCUGCAUUGCGUUGAUUCUUGCUGGUCCUGGCGAGACAGUAGACCAAAGUGUUAUAAGUGAUCAGAGUGCAAGUGGAGACCAUAUCCUUUUAAAACAUCUCUUUUUAAAAUGCCGCAUAAUAGAUCGAAUACUUGAAGCCUGGGCUAUGAAUGAAAAAACACAAUCUGAAGGAGGGCAGCGAUAUGGCUACAUGGGGCACUUGACAAGAAUUGCCAACUGCAUUGCUCACAGUAUUGAAAAGGGACCAAAUAGUGCACUGGCGCAUCAGUAUAUGAAAGAAUUACCAAAUGAAACUCAGGAAAGUUGGGAGGCAUUCUGCGCAGGUUCCUUAGCAGAGACCAACAAGAGGAACACUGUAGAUCUAGUAACAACUCGGCACAUCCACUCCUCUAGUGAUGAUGACAUAGAGUUUAAAGAUCCUGGCUUUUCUCAAGAUUCUUCUAUUCAGCAGGCCUUUUCUGAUUAUCAGAUGCAACAAAUGACGUCCAAUUUUAUUGACCAGUUUGGCUUCAACGAUGAGAAGUUUGCUGACCAGGAUGAUAUCGGGAAUGUUGCUUUUGAUCGGGUCUCGGACAUUAACUUCUCAAUUAACGCCAAUGAGAGUUCUAGCAUAACUCUGUUUGAAGAAUGCUGCAAGGAAAGAAUACCGCAGUUUGAUGAUGGUGGGUCUGACGAAGAAGACAUCUGGGAAGAGAAAAACCUGGCCUUCACCCAAGAAACUCAAAGAAGGUCAAGCUCAGGAAGCACAGACAGUGAAGAAAGCACAGACUCCGAAGAGGAGGAUUCUACUAAACAGGGACUAUUUGAAUCGAGCACAGUAAACCAGGAAGACAAAAUGGAUGUUGAUGCAAAUGAAGCAAGCAACUGGCCAACAAGUUUUGAUAUACCGAUGGAUACUGCACACGUGGCCACCUUGGAUUCUGUGGGGUCUGAUGUAUGGAGCACAGAAGAAGCAAUGCCAACAAAGGAAACUGGCUGGGCCUCUUUUUCAGACUUCGCUUCUAUUGGACAAAAAGACCCUACAAGAAGUAGCUCCCCAGUUGAAAUGGAAACAAGCACAGAGCCUACGGAUCCCUUGAGUGUCAACGCAUCAGCACAAACUGAAAUUACCGUGGCAAUGGAUGCUAGCUCUGAUGGAGAAGAGGAAAUAGAGAAUUCAGAUCAGAUGACUGAAACUGUGAUGAAUGGCAGCAUGAAGGAAACUCUCAGCCUUACUGUAGAUGCCAAAACAGAGACUGCUGUUUUUAAAAGAGUGUUGAAAUCUUAUUGCGAGGAAGGGAAACUGUCUACCUCUCAUGAUCCAGCUUGUAAAUAUGUUGAGAAUUUUGAUGCAGCUAUGGAAAACUCACCUGUUAUACAGCCCAACAGUAGCAGUCCGGAGCAGAGGUCUCCCAAGCAAAUCGUGCUAGACGGAGCUUCUGCAAACGGCCCUGUAUGAUGCGAUACCCACUGCUAGUUCAAGACUACGAAAGUGACAUCUUUUGGGUUUUUAAAUGGUGUUACUUGAAGAGUUCAGCAAACACCCCGUCAAUGCCAAUUGCUGCUGCACUAACGUUGCAAGGCAUCAGGACCAGCAGCAUUAUAUUUUUUUAUUUUAUUUUCUUUUUAGACUUUAAGGUGUUGUACAGACUUCAGCCGUGUAAAAAAACAAAAACAAACAAAACAAAAAAAAAUUGCACAUCGACAAACAAGACUUUUUGUGUAUGUUUAUAUUGUACUGUUCUUAAAAUUGGUGCCCUGUGAAAUAAGAACUCACCACUUCAGUAAUAGUGAUACUAUGGUUCAGAUGGUUGUAAAAUAGUUUUUAUAAAUUGUAUACACAAAUCUAACGUAUCUUGACAAUUCAUGUGACCAAAGUAUUAACCAGUUCUCAUACACCUUUUUAUCUAUAUGAGCUUUCAUGAACUUAUGUGUUGCAUACUCACAAUAACAAUUAACCCCCUUUUAGCUAAAUUACCCCCCCACCCCCAAAAAAAUGGAAAAGUAUACCUGUUAGUGUUUAAUCAUUUCAAAAGUUUAAUUAGGAUUUUUCCCCCUGAUUCUUCCAGAACAAAUGUCUGUUAGUAGAGAUUUAAGAUAUUUAUUGAUGCAGCGCUGGCGAUAGUUAUUGUAAAGCCAUAGAUUCUGUCUUGUUUUAUGCGCGUAAUAAGUGAGCAACCAGAGUAUCGAAACUUAUGGCUCCUCGGCCAUUUUCACCUGUCCAUUUGUACCUUUCAUUUAAUUUUUAAUUACCGCACAGUUGCGUGUGCAAUCUCUUCACUUUUUUGUGUGUGCGAGUCAGUUGUUCCAGCUCUGAUCUGACAUGUUUUUCAUAUACAAAGCUCUAAACCAGAGUUGUGUGUAUACAAAUGAUAUAUAUAUUUUUUUCCCUUAACUGGUUUGUACAUAGGUAGAGAUUAUGGACGUUGAUUCUAUGUAAUUUAUAAGGUUUCUAUACUUAAAUCUCCAGUCUGCCUUCUUGAUGCAGGAAAAAAAGCAAUGUUUUGCCACAGCCCGGUACAAAGCUAGUAUCCACCUCUUGCACAUGUUUUGUUUUUUGUUUUUUUUGUAGGUUUAAAUCCUGUUUUAGUUCCUAAAUAGGUUGUUUGUUGUGAGAUCUCUUCCCUGACCGAUAUUUAAGAAAACAAAGAAAGCUGAACAGUGGCCAACAAUAUUAGAAGUAGUUUCCCAUGCAACGUGCCUAAGCAUAACAUUGCAUAGUACAAUAAAAAUGAAAACUAUG